CUCGGCUUGGGAAACGGAAUAAAAAUAACACGCCCCUCCAGACGUUCAGGAUAGCGUGAGUCUGUUUUGCAUGUUCCCCAACACCUUUUAACCAUUUUCAGAAGCAACUUUGUAACUGUAACCAAAGUUAUUUUACGCCGUCAGACUCUACAACAUUGCGAACAAGUGUCGGAGCCAUCGAUCGGAGCCAGACCCGUUGAAAGGGAGAAUUGCGACACCCCCAUAGACUUCUGUUGUAAUCGGAGAAUGCGGAAGUAACGCGUGUCGUGGGGCGACCAAAUAGUUCCAAACAGUUCCAACGUUGAACCCCAUUCAUUUUCAGUGUUUCCGAGGCACGCUCGCUGAGCUGACAUGUGAAAGCAUGGGAGACUAACUUUGAUAACCUAGCAAGCCAAGGAUCCAAAAAGCAACAAGCCAUACAUCCGGAUCCCUUUCUCAGACCGAUUGGUGCAUCCAAAUGCUGAACAGCCAACCAUGCCCCUCAUAUCUAAUUGCAGUGCCCAGGGAACUACAACAGGGAGUUCCUACGUCAUUGUCAGUCACAGUCUUCACCGAUUCACCUGUCACAGUCACUGCAGAGGUUUUCAGUGGUAACAUCAGUGUGGUGAAGACACAAGGCACUUUCCAAAGAGGUCUGACUGAACUACAGACACUCCCACCUAUUUUGGACAAUGCUUCGAGCCCCCCUCAUCUAUAUGUGCUUGUGGUUAAUGGCCACGUGGGGAACGUCUCGGUGUUCACUAACACAACCGUCAUGCAACUGAAGGCCCUGAGCUUCUCCACCAUCAUCCAGACUGACAAAUCCCACUAUGAGCCAGGCCAGGCAGUGAAAAUCCGGGCCAUCUCCAUUUACCCAGGCGGCAAGCCACACAAAGCCCCCGCAGACAUCACCAUCAAGGAUCCCAAGGGGAACUUGGUGCAGCAGUGGCUGCUUGUGGACGGCACCCUGGGUGUGGUGUCCAAGGAGUUCCAGCUCUCCAAAAACCCUCCCCUUGGCAUGUGGACAAUAUCGGUGUCAGUUAAUGGGGUGGACAGCAAGAGGAACUUUACUGUGGAAUACUAUGAGCAACCUAAGUUUGAAGUGUUGGUGAAGGUGCCCACCGUCAUUCAUUAUGAAGAUAACUUGUUUGGAAGUGUCAGUGCGCAAUACCCAUAUGGGAAACCAGUACGGGGAGUGUUGACUGUGAUGGCUGAAUUUGAGUUAUUUGGCAGCAUAUUUAGUGCUAAUAAAACCAAGAAGAUCAACGGUUCAGCUGAUUUUGUCUUCAGCGAAGAUGACUUCGCAGACCAAUUUAACAUGUAUGAAGGAUCUGUGAGGUCCACGGACAGCAUGGAUAAGCUCGUUGUUAAUGUUACCGCCUGUGUUACGGAGACCCUUACAGGAUUAAAAUACAACAGAACAAUGGUGGUGGCCGUGGUGAACCAGAAAUAUCACCUUAACUUCUACAACCAUCCCAAGGUGUUGAAACCCUCUCUAAACUUCACUGCACAGCUGAAGGUAUCAUUAUACAACCAAAAUCCAUUGACUCUGAUGGAUCGGGCGACCAAUGUUAUCAUUAAUGUGACUCAGAGAAGAUAUCCUGAGCUGAGUAGGAUGGAGUCAGGUGAUAUGGAAAGCUCCUCCCUGCACCUGAGCCUCCCUGUGCCCCAGGAUGGGAUAGUAAACUUCCAGUUUCAACUUAUGGACCAGGUGUCAGUGCUCACCAUACUGGCCCAAUUCCAGGGCACAGUUCAGACCCUGAAUCUCUACAGGGACUACUCUUCUCCCAGCAUGUCCUACAUUCAGAUCCACAGGUCUAACUCUUCUGCACAUGUUGGGAAUCCUCUUUGGUUCACUGCAAAUAGCAGUUAUCCAUUAAGAGAGUUUCAGUAUUUGGUAACGUCCAGGGGCCACUUGGUAGAGACAGGGACGGUGACCUCCAUGUCCUUCUCCCUGACACCCAAGGUGUCCUGGGUCCCCCUGGCCCACCUGGUGGUCUACAGCGUCCGCUCAGAUGGCGAGAUUGUCAAUGAUGCAACAUCUUUUCCUGUUCACCAGUUUCAGAGGAACAAUGUGUCUCUGAACUGGAGUCAGGCCAAUGUGAGGCCAGAGCAGGAAGUGUCACUCAUGGUGACGGUGACUGAGCCCAGGAGUCUGGUGGGAAUUUGGGUGGUGGACAAGAUGACAAACUGCCCUGAGCUGAGCAACAACCUCACUGAAAAGCCGGUGCUGGGGGGACUUACUGAGGACAAUAUGGACGAGAAUAAUCUUCUGUUUGCAAUGAGUGGUGACCCCUUCUCCACUUUCAGGGCUGGCAACAUCAUGGUGUUAACAGACGCCACGUUAUCUCCCAGGGAGCGGUUUGAAGUUCGGGACGAAAUGCAACUUCCACAGCAGGGGGUGGACUGGGAGCCUCAGGUGUGCAGGGACUCACCGGAGACAUGGCUAUGGCUGGAGACCAACGUGAGCACGUCAACGACUGCAAAUCUCCCCUUCACUGUGCCUGAUCGCAUCACUUCCUGGUUUGCCAGUGCCUUUGUAGUGUCAGACAAUCUGGGUUUGGGGCUCAUGUCUACACCAGUGAAGCUGACCGUGUUCCAGAACGUUUUCAUGACUCUGGACCUCCCCCCUUUCAUCAUCCGUGGAGAACAGCUGGUCCUGGAGAUCCAAGUGUACAACAACCUGGAGCUGGAGCUGAAGGCUCUCGUGAUUGUGGAGGAGAGCGAUUCAUUUGAGUUCAUCUUCGCCGACAACCAAUCGUCUUCGAGCGCCGGGGCGAGGAGUGUAUCCGUGCAAAGCCGCAAUGACGCCACCGUUCUUUUUCCCAUAAGGCCCAAAGUCCUUGGCAUGAUGUCUGUGACAGCGAAAGUUAUGUCCUUCUUUGCCUCUGACACAGUUACCAGCACAGUUUUGGUCAAGUCGGAGGGGAUAGAGAAGUCAUUCAGCAAGUCUCUGUUCCUGGAGCUGGUCCCGUCCAAUCAGAACCACUCUAGCGAGAUCACCUUCACCCUUCCCCCAGAUGUGGUGCCGGGCAGCCAAAGGGCAGAAGUGACUGCGGUCGGUAACAUCCUGGGGCCCUCCCUCUCAGGGCUGGAGUCCCUCAUACAGAUGCCGUAUGGCUGUGGAGAGCAGAACAUGAUCCAUUUUGCCCCCAGCAUCUACGUCCUGCAGUACCUUACCAUCACCGGGCAGGUGGAGGAGGCCGUCUACAGCAGAGCCAUACAAUUCAUGAUGGAAGGUUACCAGCGAGAGCUGUCCUACCAGAGGGGGGACGGUUCUUUCAGUGCCUUUGGAGACAGUGAUGCCUCCGGUAGCACAUGGCUGUCGGCGUUUGUGCUGCGGUGCUUCCUCCAGGCGCGGCCGUUCAUCAUGAUCGACGUCGACGUUCUCUCCAAGACCGCAGCCUGGUUGGUCAGCCAGCAGGGGUCCGACGGGGCCUUCUUGGAGCCUGGGAGGGUCAUUCACACCGAGCUCCAGGGAGGCCUAGACGGCCCCGUAUCCCUGACCGCAUACGCUCUGAUGGCCCUGCUGGAGGACCAGGCCAACAAGGAUUUGUACGCCAGCACGGUGACAAACGCGCUGAGCUUCCUGGAGUCUAAGCUCUCGGGUGGGGUCUCCAGUAACUACAGCCUGUCCCUGGUGGCCUAUGCUCUGUCUCUGGCCGAACACGUCAGUGCGCAAACUGCCCUGAAUGAGCUUCUGAGCAGAGCAGAUGUAAAGGACGGCGUGGUGUUCUGGAGGAUGCCGGGCGCAGGGCUGUCGGCUUCCUGGCAGCCGCGGUCGGCCAACAUAGAGAUGGCCGCCUAUGCGCUCCUGUCCCUCUUCACCCAGGCCAAGGUGGUGGAGGGCAUCUCCCUCAUGAAGUGGCUGAGUCAGCAGAGGAACCACCUGGGAGGGUAUGGCUCCACGCAGGACACUGUCGUAGCGCUGCAGGCCUUGUCCCAUUAUGCGGCAUUCAGCGGAUCAGAUGCCAUCGACCUGUGGAUCACAGUCAAGACCAUGAACUCUCAAGUGGUUGCUAGGCUUCAUAUCAAUUCUGCCAACUCUCUGUUGCUGCAGAGCCAAGAGAUUGAAGUUGGGAAGGAUGUACAUUUAAAUGUUUCCAUAGAGGGAAGAGGAUUUGCUCUAUUUCAGCUGAACGUGUUCUACAACUUGAACACCCGCACGCUAUCCAGGCGUCGCAGCAACACCAUGAGUGACGAGGCAUUUGAUUUGGACGUUCGUGUCACAGACACAGACCUGAACCACGUCUCCCUGACCAUCUGCACUAGACUGCGGGAGGGUCAGCAAAUUGUUCGGACGGGCAUGGCGCUGAUGGAAGUGAGCAUGCUCACUGGGCUUCGGCCAGUUGAGGGCGGGGUCAGAACUAAUGAUGUUGUGAGGAAAGUGGAAACGCCCCCUGGUAAAGUUGUUCUUUAUCUGGAUUCGGUAACCACAUCACAGGUGUGCAUUGACAUCCCAACGGUGAGGGACUUCAAAGUGGCAAAUGUUCAAGAUGGCACAGUCCUCAUCUAUGACUACUAUGAGCCGCGGAGGAAAGUGGAGAGGGCGUACAAUUCAGACAUGAUGCGUCGCACGUCACUCUGCUCGUUCUGCGGGAAAGACUGCGGCAGCUGCGGGGAAAAGCCCAAGUCCGGCGGCGUCUCUGUCUCCGGCCCGCGGCAUAACAACGUCCGCAGCCUCGCGUGCGCGCUGGUCAUCCUCGCCGCCCUCAUGCGCUGACGGAAAGCGUCACCGAUACCCUGUGUGCGGACAUGGCGGUUUGCCGGAACACGGGAGCUAAGUUUUAUAUUUUAACCUGUCACAGAUCAAAGUGGCAUGUUUUUUAAUGCGCUGGGUAAUGUUUCAUUGUAGCUGUCGCUUGAUAAUGCACUGGGAGAAAUUAUGUAAUUUUUUAAUGUCAUUUUGUAAUUUGCAAACAUUUCCUUUUUUUAAUUAUUUUGAUACAUGUAUUUUUCUUUGGGAUUCUAGAUGGGAAAUGUUUAUUAUUAGCAGCAAAAAGCAUAAUAACUUUAGGACAUGUACACAAAUUAAAAUGUGAAUUGCUUUUGUCCUGACUAGCAUCUGGUUCUAGCUGAUUUCAAUCUUAAGAGACCAGUACAUUUUAUUUCAAAUAAUGAUACAUUUUAAUUAUCUUUAUAAAGCAUAAACUUGAAUGAAGCAUCAUUUCAAAAACGAUGUUGCGUUGAGCCUAGAAAAAAAAAUUAUGUACAUUGCUUAGAUUUACACAGAAGAAGUACAAUUGCUGCAAUACAUUAGUGACAUAAGUGGGGUGUUUUUAAUUGAGAUUGAUAUGAUUGUAAAUACCCUAUGUUGUAACACAUAGCCAUCAUGUCUGUAUAUGCUUUCCUCAGUAGGUUGCCUGAGUAAUGCUUUUUAAAUGUGCUGCCGUUAUAGCUGACUCAAGUGAGAAACUGUGUCAAAACUGUGCGACUUCGGUUCGGCCGUGUCCUGAAUGGCACCCCCAUGAAAUGGUUGGGAACAGCACAAUAAAAGCCGAAACAGUUUGAAGCCCCGCACGUCUACGAGCCUUUGAAAAUAAACGACAGGCCAAGCUUCGUCAAAGAUGAUAAAUAACCGAAAAUCUGCUUUAUUUUGCUUGACCCACUUCAAAAGGAUCACUCCGAGGCUCAAUGUGUUUUAACUCAGCGUGAUGAACUAUUCUCGCUCAACAUGGCCGUGAACGAGCAACGGCACUUAAGAGCUCCGUAAAUCUAACUUGAGCAGGCGUGCUCUUUAACUCUGUGGUAGCUAACCUGUGCAGCAGACUGAGCGGUGGAGACCACAGAGUGCUCUCGCUCAACUUCAAAGGUCUGAGGAUAAUGGCUAAGGAAGUUUUUUUUUUUUUUU